UAACAUAGCCCAGGCUCGGCUCUACGGCGCCUCCAUCGACAAAAAGUACGAUCUAGGUGCAGUCCCGCCCCGUACGUGAGCACGACUUGAACUAUACCAAAUCCAAGGCUCCAAAACCUGCUUUUUGUGCGUCGCCACACUCAGAUGGUGUAAAACGACUGGGAGGCUUAUCAUGUCACAUGUCAAGUCGAACCCGUGUGCUCCGAUCACACAGUGCGACUAUUUUAAUCCAUGCAUCAUGACAUCGUGAUCAUCAAGCCACCAAUCCGAGAUCUGAAUGCCGGGCGCUCUAGGUCACUGCACACUCACAGUCCUCGAUACGUUGAUGGUCACAGCCGUGAUCUGCAAGUAUACAAGGCUGCAGUAUUUAUUGACAACUGCUUGCUGUAGACUUCCAUUCAUCCACUAUCCCACUUGAAAAUGUCAGUCCCGGACACCUUCGGUUUGCAGUUGGCCAAGUAUACUAACGUCGCUGCAUCAGCAAUCCUGAUUUAUGACUACUUCGUCACCUUACACUCUGAAGUCCAAUGGACCUGGGGGCGGAAGUGGGGAAUAGUUCGGACCGCCUUCAUGAUUUCACGAUAUGCACCUUUUGCUGGUGCGCUUAUGACCUCAUACUCCGCUAUCAAGACAUGGGGCACGCAAGAUUGCAUACCUUUUAACGACGCUGUAAAUGGCAUACAUUUCUUGGGGAUCAUUGCCGCAGAAGGUUUAUUGAUUUUCAGGGUCUACGCCUUCUCUGGCAAUAAAAAGGCUUAUCUUAUCUUUCUUCUCUCCUUUGGUUUGGUCAUCUUGCUGGGGUCUGUGGUUCUAAGUGCUGCCCCCAUCAAUUUGGAUAUCCCGGGCCCAGUCACCCCGCCUUGCGCUUUUGUGGGGUCUCUUAGAAUUAGUAGUGCCCUCCCUUAUGGACUCUUGAUGUUCUUCGAGAUAGUUCUCAUGUCCAUCACUGUAUUUUUGAGAUAUUCACACUAUCUGGGGUCUCAUAGUAGUGCGCUGGUGAAGAGUAUCUAUCGUGAUGGACUGCUCUACAUGAUCUGCAUCACGAUGAUAUCUACAGUCAAUAUGAUCGUUACCGUUGUGUUGCCUCUCUCGGACACCGAGAUUCUAAACACACCUCAGAUUGUUGCGCACAGUGUUUUUGCUUCUCGGAUAUUAUUCAAUCUUCAAAUGAGCAGGGAGAAACCGCACUUUCUCAAUGACCAAUCGACGAAUUCAGUGGAAUUACUAUCCCGUUCACAUGAGUUCGAAGCGCGGCCUGGAGGCAGUGUGACAGCUGUCGAGCCAGAUGAAGCUUAGUCUUGCUGAUCG